AUGCAAGCGUCGGCCAUGGAGCUCGUGCUCUUCCGGGAGGAGGGGGCCGUGGACGAUCGGCUGCAGCAGCGCGGGGGUGCCGUCGUCAAGCGGAAGCGCACCAAGAGGCCGCGCCACCAGACGCCGCCGGUGGCCGCCAUGGCCUGCUCCUCCGCGUCCUCCUCCGAGAGCACCACCACCGAGGAGGAGGACAUGGCCCACUGCCUCAUCCUCCUCGCCCAGGGCGCGGCGCCGCCCGGAGUCGUCGUCGACUCGAGGCCGCCGCCCGCGACGGUGCCGCAGGAGGCUCGCCAGGGGACGUCGUCGCUUCCCCCGGCCGGCCCUCUGCCGCCGCCGGCGGUGGUGUCGGCCAAGACGGAGAGGUACACCAGCCGCAAGUACACGGAGGCGGCCACCACGGCGGACGGUGUCAGGGCCGGCUUCUACGUGUACGAGUGCAAGACGUGCAACAAGUGCUUCCCCACCUUCCAGGCCCUCGGCGGCCACCGCGCCAGCCACAAGAAGCCACGCCUCGCCGGAGCCGACGACGACAGCGCCGCCAACGCCACCAGCGUCGCCAUCGCCAAGCUGUCCAAGCCACCAUCGACGAAGACGGCGACGCCACCGCUGGUGCAGAUGACGACGGCCUCGCCGCCACCGCCCCCACCGCCUCAGGUCGACGCCGCCCCGGACGUGACCACCGUGCUCAGCCUCAACAACGGCGGCAACGCCGUCUGCCACGCCGUCAACACCAACAGGCUCCGGGUGCACGAGUGCUCCAUAUGCGGGGCCGAGUUCGCCUCCGGGCAGGCGCUGGGCGGGCACAUGCGACGCCACCGGCCGCUACACGCGCCCGCAGAUCGCGCCAUCGCAACAACCGCCGUGACCGCGAUCGCCGCGUCCACGACGAAGAAAGAGAAAGACAGCACCCCGGCCGGAAUCAACCUGGAGCUCGACCUCAACCUGCCGGCGCCGUCCGACGAGGAGUGCGUCUCACACCCUCCACCGCCACCACCACCAUCAUCGGUGCCACCGGUGGUGCUCGGGCUCGGCCCGUUCGACAGCGGCAAGAAACGGCUGAUGCUCACGGCCGCCUCCGCCGCGCUGGUGGAUUGCCAUUAUUAA